AGUGAACAUCAAGAUGAAUGACAAAUUAUCUAGAAAAUUCAGUGAGACCGACAUCGGUUUUAUCGAGUUGAGUAACCCAUCAAUUUCUACACCAAGCCCAGGGGGCAUUUUGACAGUGACACUUCAUGAGGGCAUUGGCCUUUCCGUGGCGGAUAACUACAAGGAACGCCCUAACUGCGAGGAACAUAAUCACCAUGCGGGGUGCCGCCCGCCUGUCUGUAGGCGGUGCCACUAUCCGUAUGCGCUUUUAGAUUAUGAAAAGUCUCAGGCGAUUCUCGACUGUUACUGGGGGACAACCGAAAACCCUGUAUGGAUGUCACAGUUUGCUAUAUGCAAGUUUGACGUUUCAAGCUUUUCUGAGUUGACUAUAUAUCUUUACAUUCGGGAUCCUAGUCCCUCUUCGGAGAGUCGGGAUAUUUGUCUGGGCGUAGCACGGGUAAACCCAUUUGACAAGUCUGAAGCACAUUGGCUGGAACUGCAAGAUAGCAUGGGGAAGCUACGCAUCAGCUUUGAAUAUACGAACCCUGGAAAUAGAAUGUUAGAAGAGAGAGACUUCGAGCGUGGAAGACCCAUCUUCAGUGUAUCGACCUCCGGUAUUAUUAAGAAAGACACCCAGCGAGUAUAUGCUGAAUCGAAGAUUAGAACGACACAGCUUAAUUCUAGGUCUAAAUUGGAAAGUAUAUGGGAUUACCAGGUCGGCCAUCCUUUUAUAGCGCCGCUCUCAUUUGCUUUCGAAUCAUCAGAGGGGCUAUCCCUCCUUUCCCCAUAUAUCGGCGGCGGGCCCCUUUUCAGUCAUCUUCAGAAGGAUCGAUGUUUCGAUGUUGAUAGAUCCCGACUUUACGUGGCUGAGAUUACCUGUGCAUUAGAAUAUCUACACGAUACUCGCAAGGUUUUCUCCUGGUUGAAACCCAGAAAUGUCCUUCUUGAUUUAUUCGGCCAUGUUGUUCUAUGCGGCUUCGGCCUUUUCAAUUAUGAUACCAAGAGCGGGAACCAUGGGACACCUGAGUAUCCAGCACCGGAAUUGCUUCUUGGCCAAGUUGAAUCCAUGGCGGCAGACUGGUGGACAUUGGGGGUCUUUCUCUACGAAAUGCUGACAGGACUACCCCCAUUCUAUGACGAGGACCAUAGUAAGAUACGUCAAAAGAUCCUCUCUCAACCUGUCCGGUUUCCUGACUCAUUUGCUCCUAUUGCUAAGGAUAUGAUAACUAAGCUUCUUAACCGCAACCCUAAGCAGCGCCUAGGAGCUAAUGAAGGUGCCUCAGAGGUCAAAUCUCAUCCCUUUUUUGACGGCGUGAAUUGGAAUAAAGUCCUUCGGAGGAAGUACACACCUGUUUUCCGUCCUAGAUUUAUUUCAAGUUCCUUCAAGCAAUAUGGCUUGAACACCCCUCCUGAGAAGAAGGACGAUUUUGUAUCUCUCUGGAUACCUCCACUUGAAUCCACCAAAGCCCCCGGAACUAGCAAUCCUCCAUCCCAGGAGUCCCGUCAACCAAUUGCGCGAGAGGAUGAUAGUUGGGAAUUAAUAUGGGAUGAAGUUCGUUGUGAAUUCGACUUGUACAAUGGCUUCGCGAAGGCAAAAAGGCCAGUCCCUCCUCAACACACGGAACCCCUAAAGCAUAACGAAGCAGUGGCAGAUGAGAGCGCUGACCCUACUGUUCCUAGUCAAACCCAGAAGCAAGACGUACUCGAGGCAGCAUUGCAAGCUGGACAUGACCGCGUUGUUUUACAACUGUUAGAAUAUGGAAUGGAUUUGAACAUAAUGAUUGGUGCCAAGCGAGUAAGUCCAUUAGAAUGGGCUGCGGAGAAAGGAAACCUCCCUCUGGUAAGGCUCUUCCUCGGCAAGGGGGCCGAUGCAAAAUUUCCGAGUUCUACCGUCCGUGGAAUGCACAAAGGAGGGCCUGCAUUAGUUAAAGCAGUGGAAAAGGGGAAUCGAAAAAUCGCCCAGACCCUGGUGCGAGCUACUGAUCGGGUAGCUUCAACGAGAGCUCUGGGCCUCGCCGUGUAUCAGCAGGAUAUCCCGAUGGUCAAACUCCUGCUAGAAAAUGACGUCCGUUGCGAGUUUGAAGAAGCAGAUCGGCCUCUUCCUUGGGACCCCCAAGAUAACGGCUGCUAUUUCUUCGACCGAGAGGAAUCCGAGGAAUUCAUACCCCCGCUCGUCCGUGCGGUUAAGAAAGGCAACGCGGACCUGGUUCGGUUGCUACUCUCAUAUGGGGCAGAUAUUAACGCUAGCUACCACGGUCUGGUUUGGGAUCUAUACGAGUAUAACAUAGGGAAGGACCCGAUCUGGUUUUCAUGCGGUCGGCCUGUUGAGUUGGCUAUGGAGCUGGGACAUGCCGAAAUUAUUGGAUUGUUGCUUGACAGUGGCGCCGAUAUCAAUCUCCCACGGCCUAGCUGGCCUGUGCCGGGACAUGAUUGUGGAUUAGUGCCAAGGCUAGUAUAUCAGAAGGUUACGGCGCGCUUAAGACAGGCGCUGGCGUUAAGGUACGAUGGCGACCCAUCUGUAUCAAGUAUGUGAGAUCUUGUUUCUCAAUAACAGAUUCUGGUAAAAGCGUUGAU